CCUUUCCUUCGCACGUGGUUGCCGAUGGCCGCUUGCAGGAGCUGGGCUGGGGAGAGACGCGCGACCUUUGCGGGGAGAGCCACGGCCCGGACCGGCGGGAAGGGGGCGGAUCGGCGUGCGGAGCAGACACCCCCGAGAGUUUUGGUGACUUGCCUUCUGCCUGGAGUCACGUUCCCCAACCAUGGCUGAAGGGGGUGCAGAUGGGAACCAGCCACCGCGUGAGCAUCCCCGCAAUUUGCAGGGGUUGCUGCAGAUGGCAGUCAUGGCGGGCAACGCCGAACCUGGUCAAAUGGAGCCCAUGUCUGAUGAGCGGAGACAGUGGUUACAGGAAGCAAUGGUUGAGGCAUUUCGUGGGCAGAUGGAUGAAGUGGAACAAAUGAAGGAAUGUCUGCGUAUUUUGGAAGUGUUGAGCCCCGGAGCAGAACGUGGGGAAAGUUCAGAGGAAACACAUUCAGACCUUGAGCGAAGGGAAGGUGCCCUAGAUGUACUGGCAGAGUUGUGCGAAAACUUGGAUAACGCUGCAGAUUUCUGCAAACUGGAGGGCAUGCGGCUAUUGGCACACCGAUACCUGGAACAUGAAGAGCAGGAGUUGCGCUGGCGAGCUGCCCAUCUGGUGGGCACCUGUGCCCAGAAUGUGCCCAAGGUUCAAGAGCAGGCCCUCGCGCUGGGCUGCAUGAGGAAGCUGCUGAGGCUGCUGGACCAUGACCCCAGUGAGGCUGUUCGGAUCAAGGCGCUCUUUGCUAUUUCUUGCUUAGUAAGAGCUCAGGAAGCUGGCCUACAGCAAUUCCUACGCCUUGAUGGGUUCUCUGUACUCAUGAGGGCCAUGCAGAGUAACGUACAGAAACUGAAGGUGAAAUCGGCCUUUCUCCUCCAGAAUCUUCUCAUAAACCACCCAGAGCAGAAAGAGACUCUCUGUUCCAUGGGCAUGGUUCAGCAGCUGGUGGCUCUGGUCCGAUCUGAACACAGUACCUUCCACGAGCAUGUCCUUGGAGCACUGUGCAGCCUGGUAACAGAUUUUCCCCAAGGUGUGCGAGAGUGUCAAGAGCCAGAAUUAGCUCUCGAGGAUCUGCUAAAGGAACGAUGUCAGCUGCUUAAGAAUCAAGAAGAAUUCCAGGAGGAGCUGGAUUUCUGUGAGACAUUGCUGCGCCUCUGCUUCCACAGUCAACCUGAUGAAAACAACAUGGACCGGUAGCGUGGCUGCCUGUACUCCCUCUUGACACAGUUGAAGUUCACAUUCAGAUUUGGAGCUGUGCCGGUUGGCGGCCUUUGACGGAAACACCCACAUUGAUCCGACAUCCGCUGAACCAGCGGUAAGCUGGAGUAACAGAAGAUCUUUUUGAAACUGAGAUACACUGCGUGUUAGCUGUAUAAUCAGCAGGAAGACUUUCAUAAGCUGUUGCUGCGUAACUUCCUUUUCAUCCUCCUGCAAAAUGCAUUUGUUUACCCUCAUCACUCGUAGCUUUGCCAUCACAGUUUAGCUUCAACUAGCCCAAGAACUGUAGUUUUCGAAGGGUUCUUUAAAUCUCCCAAGUUCAACUGGGAAAUGCAUCCUACUUGCUAUCACUCACAUUGCUUGUUUUCAGAGUUGCAGUCCUUAGAGGGGAGGCGCAAACUUGAGUACCUUUUAAUGCCUUGGCCUGGGAAGAGAAGGCAGUUUGCAGUUCUUUCUUUAGGAUAGUAUUCUCAAGCAUGUGCCCUCCAGAUGUUUGAACUUUAAUUCCCAUAAUACCUAAACUAUCAGGAACAGGGUUUAUGCUGCAGAGUUCAUGCAGAUGAUAAGAAUGGUAGUCCAGCAUGUAUGGAGAACAAAACAUUGGGGAAAACUCUUUUUAAGCUGUAAGUGAAAGGCAGGACUGUUAGCACGUUGCUCUUGCGUGCCAAGGGGCUUUCAACACCUCUCAGAUGGCAUCUUUGGAAACCUUUUAAAAUAAAACUUUAAAAACAGCUGAAAUCAUCUGGCAAUCUCCAGACUCACCGAUGGCUGCAUUCUUGUGCAGAACAUUAGGUAGCCUGGUGAGAGCCACAUUUUAAUUUAUUUCGGUUCAGGACACUGCUUAAGAACAAUUGCUAACCUCUAGGGGAUGGGAAUUAGGGAAUCCAAACCUUUCUUCUCCAAAUAUGUAAUCCUGUACAUUUUGUUCAGCAGAAUGGGCUUUUUGUACCUGUGUAGGGAUGCAGGAUCUUUAUUAUGAUUUAGUUUAAAAAUGUUUCAAAUAUGGGAAACUGGAAAAGGUAUGACAGAUUGAAAAGCAGAAAGACUGUUGCUUCAGUAGCUGCGAAGAAUGGAUUGCCGUACACAGAGGUACGAUGAAAUCCCGUUUUCUUUGCGAGUCUUAGAACCCUGCCUUUUUUCACCCUUGUAACUGGCUGUCCUGGUUAGAAAUGGUGAUUGUAGACCUUUGUUUUCCUUCAUGGGCUUAUCUCAUCCAAUGUAUUCAAGCAGCGUGUAUCUUCUUCUACCACCCCACCUUGCUAUUGCUGUGUUCUCAACUUAGUUUAUUUUUUUAACAAGUUUCUCUUUUGGGUGAUAA